ACGAACUUGACGAACUACAUAUAAGAAGGAGAGGCACGCACGCACGCAGAGUACUCAGGAUAAGCUACCAUCAUGGCGAGGCAAAGCGGCGCUACAAGGGCGGCGAUACUGCCGGUGACGAAUGCCGGCAUGGCCGCCGGAAGCGAGAUUCUCCGGCUGCCAUCCGGCGAGGCCUCUCCUUCCCUAGGACGAUUCGUCGUUAACCCUCACAGCUGCGGCUACUGGUGGUGGCAGACGCUCCUGAUCGUGCUGGUGCUGUACACGGCGUGGGCCUCGCCGUUCGAGCUGGCCAUGGAGAAGUCGGACUGCGGUGCGCUCGCCAUCACGGAGCUGGUCGUCGACGCCUUCUUCGCCGUCGACAUUGCCGCAUCCUUCUUCGUGGCGUACCGCGACACCUCCACCGGCACCCUCGUGACUGACCGCAGGAAGAUCGCCACAAGGCACCUGAAACGGCCGGGCUUCGCGAUGGACGUGGCCUCGACGAUUCCUUUGCAGAUGAUCUACUGGAUAGCGAGUGGCAAAAGACAAACACAGUAUGGGUUCCUCAAUCUUCUCCGGCUUUGGCGACUACGGCGCGUCAGUAAGCUCUUUGCAAGGUUGGAGAAGGACAUCAGAUUCAAUUACUUGUGGACCAGGCUUGUCAAGCUCCUCGGUGUGACGGUCUUCUCGCUGCACUUCGCCGCGUGCAUCUACCUGUCGAUGGCGUUCCACUACAGGGACAAGGAGCUCACGUGGAUCGGCAGCCAGAUCCACGGCUUCGAGGACCGCAGCGUGUGGUUCAACUACACCUGCGCGGUGUACUGGGCCAUGACCACGCUCGCCACCGUCGGCUACGGCGACCUGCACGCCGCCAACCCCGGCGAGAUGCUGUUCAGCAUCGCCUUCAUGCUCUUCAACAUCGGCCUCACCUCCUACAUCAUCGGCAACAUCACCAUCCUCGUCGUCCAUGGAACCACCAACACCUUCAAAAUGAGGGACAUGGUGCAGAGGGCGUCGGUGUUCGGAAGGAUGAACGGCCUGCCGCGGGCGACGAGGGAGCAGAUGAUGGAGAGCGUGCAGCUCAGGUUCAGGAUGGAGGAGCGGCUGGAGCAGGAGAUGCUGUCCGAGCUGCCCAAGGCCGUGCGCUCUGGCAUCGCGCUGCACAUGUUCAGGGGGGCGGUCGAGAGCUGCUACCUGUUCCAAGGAGCCUCCAGCAAGCUCGUCGUGCAGCUGGUCGCUGACAUGAAGGCGGAGUUCUUCCCACCCAAGGCGGAUAUCAUCCUGGAGAACGAGGCUCCGACGGACUGCUAUAUCAUUCUCUCCGGCGAAGUGGAGGCAUUGACAACCCUCGAGGAUGGCAGAGAGAAGCAUGUGAUGACAAUAGGGUCUCGGGGAAUGGCAGGUGAAAUCGGGGUGAUGUUCAACACCCCACAGCCAUUCACCAUCCGGAGCAGAACCCUCGCGCAGGUUGUCCGAAUAAGUCACAGUCAUAUGGUUCAGACUGUUCGGCCUAACACCGCAGAUGGGGUCAUUGUGUUCACCAAUUUUGUUCAGUACCUUGAAUCCCUGAAGGUGAAGGCAAAUGAAGCAGCCUUUGUUAGGGAUCAUCUCCGCAAUGGCUGCACGACGGUGUUAGGAGGUGCAACCAUGCUCAAUGCAGAUGAAUCCAAAGGGAAUGCUUACAGAAUGUUGCAAUGCAAAGAACCCAAACGGGUUAUUAUCCAUGAGCACCUCCCGGAUGGGUCUGGCACAGCACCGAAUGGUUCACCAGGGAAGCUCGUCCUACUGCCAGAUUCGUUCCAAGAACUGAUGAAACUUUCAGAAAGGAAGUUUGGAAAGGCUGCGAGAGGGAUCCUCACCGUGGAUGGCGCCGAGGUAGAUGACAUUGAAGUGCUAAGAGAUGGCGAUCACUUGUUUUAUAGUUGGUAGUGUAUGCCAUGUACCUUGGCAGCGUGUAAAUGUAUGAGCAGUUUUAUCAUUUCAUAUUUAGAUAACGCUCAAAGGUUUAUUUUUUUUUCCGUGAGCGCAGUCGUAAUAUACUGUUGGAGAAGAAUGAAAUGAGUGUAAUGUAGUCAUCACAUGAUUCGACAUUGGAUAUGGCAGUAGCUUAAGCCGCACUUACUUUAAGGACCCGUUUGGAAGUGAGUUUCGAAAACUAGGAGGUGAUCGUCAAACAAUAU